AUGAGAACAGUUGAAGUUCUGAGACAAUAUGGAGUUUCUGGGGAAGACGUCUUGAUUUCAUGUGUCUCUUUCUCAUCUGGAGCCUUGAAGUUCUUCUGCAGGGAAACCUGUGAGGGAGAAAACCUCCUGAUCAGAACCAGUGAUGCUGCAGCUCAGAUCGGACGGUACAGAACUGAAUAUGUCAGAGAAGCUUCCAGAACAUACUCGGUUCUGUAUGUGAGCAUCUCAGAGCUGACCCGGUCCGACGCCGGCCGGUACAGAUGUGGUUUGACCGACUCUUCAUCAUCAUCAUCAGCUUCAUUCCAGGACUUCAGGCUGGUUGUUGUAGACGCUCUGUUGGAUGGGAACAAUGCUCCUCGCCUCCAUAGUGACGCCGGCGGUUCACUGACAGUCGCCUGCUCCUUUGAAGACUCUGGAUGGAAACGACUGUUCUGCAGAGGAGAAUGUGGAAAAGAUGAAGUUCUAGUUCAGACUGAUGGAGUCGGAGCUGACAGAGGCAGAUACAGCAUUGAAUACGAUAGAAGACGAAAAUCAGCAGUUCUGUUGGUGACCAUCUCACAGCUGACCCAGUCUGACUCUGGAUGGUACCGAUGUAAACUGGACAGAGCGAUUCGAUCAGAUCUACACAGAGACUUUUACAUCAUCGUCACUCGGGCCCGUCCAGUUGGCCCAUCCAGCUCCACACCAGCAGUAACUUCACAGACUUUCAGCUCCAUUUCUGCUCAUGUUUUCACAACGACUCAGAGAUUCAACUCCAGUUCAGGAAAUUUCACACAUCAAAGAUCUUUUAAAAUCAAUAACGACUCGGCUCAGUUUCAGGAUAACAAAAAAAAAUCUUCCGUCUAUGUUCCUGUGGUUGUUGGUGCGACUCUGGCUGCCCUGGUGGUUCUGAUCUCAGCAGCUCUGCUGGUUUCCUGCAGGAGAAGAUCUCUGAGAGAUGCAGAGAACGAAGCUGGAUCAAAUGCUGUGAAAUCCACAUAUGGAAACUCCAUUUAUGAGAACCCCAUCUAUCAGGACCUCAGUUAUGUCACCAAAGAAGAGAAUCAUAUCUAUUGUACCAUAGAAGAAGACAAAUAAGAUCCUGGAAUCUGGUUCUGAGCCUGAGGAAUAAAGUUUGUUCUGCUU